AUGAUUUCAUUUGUCUCGUUUCCUGAACGCUUAGACGACGCUUAUCGAACGACACGGUCAUAUCAGGACGAUGAGGACAAUGAUAAGAUGGAUCUCGAUGAAGACGGACUUGCCUUGUCCAAAUUGACCUGCCCAGGCGAAACCCUCACCUCUUCUCAUGAAUACAUGAGAGGUCAUGGAACAUACGUCGAAAAUGAAGAAGUCAUUGCUUCAGUGACAGGAACCAUUGAACGCGUGAACCGUCUCGUUACGGUUAGACCAGCAAAUUGCAGAUACAACCCUGAAGUCGGUGAUCUCGUCGUCGGACGUAUAACCGAGGUGCAGCCUCGAAGAUGGAAGGUCGACGCUAAUUCGAGGCAAGACGCCGUCUUGAUGCUGUCCUCAGUUAACCUACCAGGAGGUGUACAGCGCCGGAAGUUAGAAAGUGACGAACUCCAAAUGCGAACCUUUUUCGAAGAAGGCGAUCUACUGGUAGCCGAGGUCCAGUCCUUCUUUGCAGAUGGAGCCAUGUCCUUGCAUACUCGAUCCCUGAAGUACGGAAAGCUGCGGAACGGCCAGCUUGUCUGCGUGCCCUCGGUGCUAAUCCGUCGUCUGAAAUCCCACUUCCUCACACUGCCCUGCAAUGUGGACAUCAUCCUCGGACUGAAUGGAUACAUCUGGGUUAGUAAACACAUUAAAGAGAGCGAACAGGAGGGAGAACUAGGCUUCGACGCCGAGGCCGUCUAUUCCAAUCAAAACGAUGAAAUCGAUACCGCUACUCGGGAAGCAAUCGCCAGAGUUUCAAACAUCAUCCUAAUACUCGCUUCUCACUUCAUUCCUCUCACCGAUACCCUCCUAUUGGAAGCGUAUACUUGGACUACAAAACAGGACAGUGACAUCAACGCACAUUUGCGAAAGGGCUAUGGUGAUGCACUAGUGGCAGCUGUCUCGGCACCAAAGGAAUAG